AUGAACCCAUCAGAGAUGCAAAGAAAAGCACCUCCACGGAGAUGGAAACACCACAAUCAAACACCAUCUAUUCACAAGAUGAACAAAAUGGUGAUGUCAGAAGAACAGAUGAAGUUGCCAUCCACCAAGAAAGCAGAGCCGCCAACUUGGGCACAAUUAAAGAAGCUGACACAGUUACCAAAAAAAAGCCUAGAGAAUGCAAAGGUGACACAAACUCCAGAGAACACACUGCUUGCAGCUUUGAUGAUUGUAUCAAUGGUGUCUGCAGGUGUACCCAGCAGCUCCGAAGAGACAGUGACCAUUGAGAAUGGGCAAUGA